GUGAGUAGUGUGUGAGUGUCAGCAAUGAUGUCGUACACAGGCCAGCUCCCCUGGCUGCUUAUUGUAUUUCUAAUAUUUUCAGGAUUAAAUUGUGAAUCUGAAGAGCAUGCACAAGGCAGAAAGAAAAGAGACAUUACAAAUGACCAGCCCCGCAUGACUUCAGAUAACGGGAAUUUAAUUUUCCACACCGGGAAUUACAAGAACAUAGAAUUCAAGACAGGGUCAUCGGGAAACGUGAGAAUAAAUGAUCAGGACCUGACACAACUUUUGAAUCAGAUCAAGAAAAACCAAGAUGACAUCACAUCAAUUAAAAAUACUGGUUCUCAAAAUGUUUCCAACCAAAUCAACCAACUCAAUACAAGGUUGACAAGCCUGGAAGGGAAGGUACAGACCUUAGAGCAGACUGUGCAAAGAAAGAACUGUGGCAGCAAUCCAUGUCAGAAUGCUGGAACAUGCUUGAACCUGUUGGAUGCUUUCUAUUGCAUCUGUCCAAACAACUGGCAGGGGCCGAUUUGUUCAGCAGACGUCAACGAAUGUCAGAUUUAUGCUGGAACACCACUAGGCUGCCAGAAUGGAGGGACCUGCACUAACACCCCAGGAGGAUACAACUGUGUCUGCUCUGCAGAAUGGUACGGUCCACACUGCACUUCCAAAUAUGAUGACUGUCAGGGUGGAUCCCAGGCUCUUUGUGAACACGGCAUCUGCAUUGAUUCAGACAGAGUGCAGCCAGGACAGCCCAAAUACAAGUGUAUCUGUGACAAUGGCUGGAUGUCCCCCCCUGGUAGCCCGGCCUGCACAGCUGACGUUGAUGAAUGCAGCCUCCCGGACCGGCCCUGUUCGACCAACCCUCCCGUCGAGUGUUUCAACACCAUGGGCUCCUACUACUGUGGGCCCUGUCCAGCAGGUUGGCAAGGGAAUGGUUACAGCUGCCAGGACAUCAAUGAGUGUGACAGCAACAAUGGUGGAUGUUCCACGUCUCCAAUGGUUCAGUGUUUGAACACGAUGGGAUCCUUCCAUUGCGGACAAUGCCCACCAGGUUACGAGGGAGACGGCAGAGUCUGCACUCAGGCUGACAUCUGUUCUGUGAAUAAUGGUGGAUGUCACCCACUGGCCUCGUGUGCAAGCAAUCCAGGUAGUAACCUCCCGACCUGCGUGUGUCCUCCUGGAUAUACUGGCAACGGUUAUGGGCAGAGUGGAUGUGCUCCUUUCAGUGACAUCUGCCAGGAACAGAACCCUUGUGUGAAUGGCCAGUGCAUUAGCACUACAUCAGGUUAUAUUUGCAACUGUGAUCCAGGAUGGGCUGGAGCUACCUGUAACCAGAAUAUUAACGAAUGUACCAGCAACCCGUGUCAGAACGGGGGGACCUGCACUGAUGGCAUCAACGGCUACACCUGCACUUGUACCCAGUCUUGGACUGGUCCACAGUGUCAGACCCCUCAGCAAGUGUGUGGUGGAUAUCUCAAUGGCUUGGCAGGUACAUUCAGCUAUCCCAACACUCCUGGAAGUGACGAGUAUGAUCACCAGGUCAGCUGUGCUUGGGUUAUCAGGACCGACUCAGACAAGAUUCUCCGUAUUACCUUCCCGUUUUUCCAUUUGGAAAGCAGUUCAGGGUGCAACUAUGACUUCCUGCAAAUCCAUGAUGGGGAUUCGGCUUCUGGCUUCAUGAUCGGCAAAUAUUGCGGCACUGCGGCCCCGGCAGAGCUCUUUAGCUCCCACAAUUCCUUGUACUUCUGGUUCCGCUCGGAUCACUCCAUCAAUGCUGGUGGAUUUACAGUGGCUUGGGAGUCACGGGAGCCGGAGUGUGGUGGUGAGCUGACUGGCACAUACGGUUCCAUUAACUCACCCGGGUACCCUGGCAACUAUCCACCUAACAGGGACUGUUAUUGGACUAUCUCUGUCAACCCUGGCCUGCUCAUUACAUUUUCCUUUGGGACUUUGAGUUUGGAACAUCAUGACAACUGUAACUAUGACUACCUUGAGAUUAGAGAUGGACUCUUGCCAGAGGAUGCUGCCCUUGGUAAAUACUGUAGCACCGGAUCCCCUCCUCCACUGCAGACGACUGGGCCUUAUGCAUGGGUCCAUUUCCAUUCAGACUUCACUAUAUCCGACAGGGGCUUCCACAUCACUUACACAACGUCACCAUCUGAUCCUGGCUGCGGAGGGACAUACACAGACAGUGAGGGCAUUAUCAUCUCUCCCAACUGGCCUAAUCCUUAUGCCAACAACAGACAGUGCGUGUACGUCAUCAGGCAGCCAGCUGAUGAACUCAUCUACCUCAACUUCACCAACAUAGACCUCGAGUCCCACGGCAGCUGCAGCUUCGACUAUAUUGAGGUGCGGGAUGGAUCCUCAGAAACUGAUGCGCUGAUCGGCAAGUACUGUGGCUCUGCACUUCCUGCUCCGAUUACAUCCACUUCAAACAGGCUGUGGAUCAAAUUCAAGUCUGAUGCUUCCAUAACAAAAGGAGGAUUCCGAGCUAUGUACCAAGUCGCUUGUGGAGGAGUCCUGUCCGGUACAGGUACUAUUCGCACUCCAUACCAUCCCAAUGCCUACCCCCAUGACAAGACAUGCGCGUGGGUCAUCAGCCAGCCCGCCGGACAGGUGGUCACCCUGAACUUCCUCUCAUUUGAUAUUGAGAGCCACGGCUCCUGUGCUUUUGACUAUGUGGAGCUCAGGGAUGGUACCACCGCCAGCUCCCCCCUGAUUGGUAAAUACUGCGGCACACAAAUCCCAGCCCCGGCCCAGUCCACACAGAGGUCCAUGUACAUCCGCUUUGUGACGGAUUCCUCUGUCACCAACUUUGGGUUCACAGCCGAGUACGGGUCAGCAGAAGCAGGUUGUGGAGAGACUCUUACUGGACCUACUGGAACAAUAACUAGCCCAGGCCACCCAACAAACUACCCACAUGGAGCCAACUGCACAUGGUACAUCUCUGUUGUGCCCGGGCACAUCGUUCGCCUAACGUUCACUUCGUUUAACAUGGAGUUCCACCAUAACUGCGACUACGAUUAUGUUGAAGUGUACGAUAAUGGCACUGUCACUACCGGAACGAAACUUGGAAGAUAUUGUGGAAGAUCAGCUCCCCCAUCACUUACCAGCACUGACAACAUGAUGACCCUCCUGUUUGUGUCAGAUUCAAGCAUAUCCACAGAGGGCUUCUCUGCCAGCUAUGUGUCCAUCAAUGCCACCACUGACUGUGGAGAAGUGUACACUGCACCCACAGGGACACUAACAUCACCCAACUACCCCAACAACUACCCCAACAGCCGACGGUGCAUUUAUAAAAUCGUCGUCGAGACAAACCGUCAGAUCAUGCUGAACUUCACUGACUUUAUACUGGAACACACCUACCCCUCUUGUAGUUUCGAUCAUAUUGAAAUUAGAGAUGGAGGGUAUGAAACAUCCCCAUUGAUUGGCAAAUAUUGUGGAAUGUAUACCCCACCCCUUGUCAUCUCCCAUAGCAACAGACUGUGGAUAAAAUUUUCUUCAGAUGUCACUGUGACGUACAAAGGCUUUAUGGCACAUUGGGAUGGGACAUUGUCAGGUUGUGGUGGAACCCUGACUACAUCCACUGGCAGUUUUACCUCCCCUAACUACCCCUUGCCCUACCACCCCAAUGCUGAAUGCUACUGGCUCCUGAAGACCAACCCUGGCAGUCAGAUACAGCUUCAGUUCAGUGACUUCCACCUGGAGUCCAGCACAAACUGCAUGUAUGACUACCUUGCGGUGUAUAAUGGCAACAGUACCAAUGCCAUGCCGUUGGCUAAACUUUGUGGCAAUCUGAUUCCUGCACCAAUUCAGUCCACCUGGGAAAGCCUCUUUGUCAAACUGCGAACUGACCAGUCUAUUGGGGCAGGAGGUUUUGUUGCAACAUAUAAUCAAGUCUGCCAGGGAGUGGUCAUUGCCAAUCGCAGCAGGGGUGUCUUGGAGAGCCCCAAUUAUCCCAAUGCUUAUCCCCACGGCAAACGCUGCAGCUGGACCAUUCAGGCUACAGCUGGCAACACUAUCAAUUACACAUUCACUGCAUUUGACCUGGAGGUUUACUGUACUUACGACUAUAUUAAGCUUUAUGAUGGACCAAACGACCAGUCUAAUCUCAUCGGCACAUUCUGUGGCAACACCCCUCCCCCUGCAAACAGCACUACCGGUACCAGCCUGCAUGUGGUCUUUGUCUCUGAUCCAUCAGUGUCUCGUAGCGGCUUCCAGAUGCUUUGGUACCAAAACGGUUGUGGUGGGGAGCUGUUUGGCCCUCACGGCUUAUUCAACAGCCCUGGCUACCCCAGCAGGUAUCCUGACAACAGAGAGUGUAUCUGGCACAUCCAGGCAGCCCCUGAAAGCAGCAUUCAAAUAACCAUCCACGAGUUUGAUGUUGAAUAUCACCCUGACUGUAGCUAUGAUGUCCUAGAGGUGUAUGGAGGCCCCGACGUGUCGUCUCCGAGGUUAGCCCAGCUGUGCACAACACGUCCCCCCAACCAACCCCUGCAGGUCUCCAGCACGGGAAACUUUGUCACGGUCCGCUUCAAAACUGACCACUAUAUAAGCGGGAAGGGCUUCAAUGCAAGCUGGCAGGAAGUCCAAGGAGGUUGUGGGGGAGUAUUCACAGCUCCCAGUGGAGAAAUCCAUUCCCCUAACUACCCCAAUCCUUAUUCUGUUAACGUGGACUGUUCAUGGAUUAUCAAUGUGGACCAGGGACACCGAGUUCUUCUGACAUUCAAUGACUUUGACAUUGAAAACCAUGACUCCUGUGGCUAUGACUACCUAGCUGUUUAUGAUGGACCGAACAGCCAGGCUCCGCUGCUGGGGAAGCUGUGUGGUCUGGACAGGCCUACACCAAUCACCUCAACUCAAAGCACCAUCUAUGUACGCUUCCGAUCAGACAGCAGCAAUAACCAUAAAGGCUUUAGCGCUGGAUUCUCUGAAGUUUGUGGAGCUGUCAUCACCACUGAUGAUAUUGGUGGAGCCAUUGCCUCGCCUAUGUAUCCUAAUAACUACCCCUCUAAUCAGAACUGCAGCUGGAUCAUUCAAGCCCAAGAGCCAUUCAACCACGUUACAUUGUCUUUCACCGACUUCAGUUUGGAAAACAAAAAUGGGAACUGCACAACGGACUUGGUAGAAAUUUUGGAUGGAAAUAACUACGAGGCACCAUCAGUAGGUCGCUACUGCGGUACUGCUGUCCCACACCCUGCCACAUCUUUCAGCAAUGCACUGGUAGUGAACUUCAUUUCCAAUGGUCAAGACUCAGACAAAGGGUUCAGAGCAACAUAUGGGGCCUCCACAUCAGCAUGUGGAGGUGCAUUAUACAUGGAAACAGGAGCCUUCAACAGCCCCAACUAUCCUGACACCUACCCAUCAAAUAUUGAGUGUGUCUGGAACAUCCUGAGCUCCCCUGGCAACCGCCUGCAGCUCUCCUUCACAAUGUUGCAGCUCCAGCCCAGUCCGAACUGUGUCAACGACUACCUGGAGAUCCGGGAAGGAAAUGCCACAGGCCAUCUGGUGGGGCGCUUCUGCGGGAAUUCCCUUCCUGUCAACUACACCUCGGUCAUCGGACACAUCCUGUGGGUGAAGUUUGUCUCGGACGGAUCGAUAGGUGGUGCUGGCUUCAGGGCGACAUUCGCACACUUGUAUGGAAAUGAGAUUACCGGAUCAGCAGGACAGAUUGCCUCUCCACUUUGGCCAAGGGAUUACCCUGACAAUGCAGACUAUCGCUGGACCAUCACAGUCAAUGCUGACUAUUUCAUCCGAGUUUGGAUCCUUGAGAUGGAUGUUGAGGACACGUACGAAUGUUACUUUGACAAACUGAAGAUCUUUGAUGGCCCUAGUGUUCAUUCUUACCAGCUGGGGACGUUCUGUGGGCUCCACCCUCCUCCUCCUGUCAGCAGCUCGGGCAGCUCCAUGACUCUGGAGUUUCAGUCCGAUGACUCUGUCAGUGGGAGGGGCUUCAUGCUGGAGUGGCUUGCGAUAGAGGCCUCUGGGGCCCUACCCACCAUAGCUCCAGGUGCCUGUGGAGGUGCUCUCAUGACUGGGGACGCCCCCUCUUUCCUCUUCUCUCCUGGCUGGCCCAAUGACUAUCAGAACAACCUGGAGUGCACCUGGGUUAUCCGCUCUCCAGACUCCACUGUCGAGCUCAAUAUCCUUUCUGUCGAUAUCGAAUCCCACAACAGCUGCUUCUACGACAGUCUCGUCAUCAGAGAUGGGGAAACCAACGUGUCACCAUUACUGGCCACUGUUUGUGGCAGAGAGCUCCCUGGACCAAUCCGAUCUACUGGCGAUGCCAUGUUCAUUCGGUUUACUGCUGAUGGCAGCUAUUCCGGAGGAGGGUUCAACGCCUCGUACCACAAGAGCUGCGGUGGUCUUCUGCAUGCUGACAGAGGUGUUCUCACAUCUCCCAACCACCCCCAGACCUACACUCCUAACCUGAGCUGCUCCUGGCACGUGGCUGUGACCAGCGGGCUCACUGUAGCCGUGCACUUUGAGCAGCCUUUCCAGAUUCAAGGUUACGGUACAGCUUGCAGCAGUGGAGACUAUCUGGAGUUGAGGAAUGGCCCUGAUGCCUCCUCCCCACCUCUGGGCUCUAGCAGUGAAAAUGGCCGUUACUGUGGUUCAGCUACACCCUCUACCAUGCACACCACAGACAACCAGCUCUUCCUUCGCUUCAUCUCUGACAGCUCCAACGAGGGCCAGGGCUUCAAACUCACAUAUGAGGCUCUGAGCCUGGCCUGUGGAGGAAACAUUUAUAUGAGUGAUUCAGACCCGUCUGGAUAUAUCACAUCCCCCAACUAUCCCAACAACUACCCCCAGAAUGUGGACUGCUCCUGGACCAUCACUGUCCCCAACGGAGAAGCUGUUCAGCUGGACUUCGAGGGCGAUUUCUACAUUGAGCCUACAGACAGCUGUUUGUAUGAUUACCUGGAAUUGCGUGACGGUGCGACUCCAAACGCUCCUCUGAUUGCCAAGAUCUGCGGAGAAGAACACCCCUCCACCCAGAAAUCCACGGGCUCUGUCAUGUACCUCCGAUUCCGCACUGACAGCAGUGUCACACACAAGGGAUUCAAAGCCAAGUAUUCUAUAGCAACUUGUGGCGGCAGGCUGAUUGGACAAAGUGGUACUUUGCACAGUCCUGGACAUCCUGAAUCCAGUUACCCUGAUAAUUCUCACUGUGAGUGGUACCUACAAGGACCAACUGGCCACUACCUCACAAUAAGCUUUACUGCACUGGACCUCCAGAACUCUACAGGCUGCAGUAAUGAUUAUGUGGAGGUCAGAGAGCACAAUGCAACAGGGCGACUUUUGGGUAAACACUGUGGGAACAUUCCACCCUCUCCUGUAGACACCUCUGACAGCUAUGCCUAUGUGAAAUUUGUCAGUGAUGCUUCUGUUAGUGCCUCAGGAUUUAGUCUGCGAUUUGAUGCCAGUGUUGAAGAGUGUGGAGGUGACCUGAAUGCAGCGUCUGGAACGAUCACCUCUCCCAACUACCCGAACCUGUACCCACACAGCCGGGUGUGUGAAUGGAGGAUCACCGUGCCAGAGGGCAGACGGGUGACUCUCACCAUCAAUGACCUGCGCAUAGAAGAGCAUCAGAACUGCAACUAUGAUUAUGUAGCUGUAUAUAAUGGCAUACUUCUUAGCGCUCCCAUGCUGGCAAGGUACUGUGGAGACGUAGAUUCUGGAACACAAGUUAAGUCAUCAGGAAACACCAUGGCAGUGGUCUUCGUCACAGAUGCUUCCGUUUCCAAUGGCGGUUUCAGUGCAGACUACACUUCAGAUGAAGAAGCUGUUUGCGGCGGUAUCUUGAAUGUUCCCGAUGGGGGGAAUUUCACCUCUCCUGGGUAUGAUGGUGAGAGUAGCUACGCCAAUAACCUGAACUGUGAAUGGAUCAUCCAGAACCCGUCUCACUUGAACUCCUCCAUAUCCAUCAGUUUUGGUGACUUUCACCUGGAGCACCACCUAACCUGCGAGAGGGACUACAUUGAAUUCAGAAUCGGCAAUGCUAAUGGGGAGUUGCUAGCCCGGUUCUGUGGACAGUCUGUCCCCGCAGUGCCACUUGUGGUUUCUGCCCCUCAGAUCUGGGUGCACUUCUUGUCUGACUACACUACGGGGGAUAUUGGGUUCCUUGCCAAAUAUGUAUUUACAGGCUGUGGCGGUUUGCAGACUGGAGAAAGCGGAGUUGUUGCGAGUCCCAGCUACCCAAGUCCUUAUGACAACGUGAACCGCUGUGCAUGGUUACUGGAGGCACCUGAAGGCCACACUAUCACUCUCACUUUCACUUACUUUGAUGUGGAGCCACACACGGAGUGUAAGUGGGACUCUGUGACUAUAAUGAAUGGUGGCUCCUCAGAAUCACCUGUGAUUGGACAGUACUGUGGUACCAACUCACCGGGAACUAUCCAAUCAGGCUCUAACAAACUUGUGGUGGUGUUUGUCUCUGACCACAGUGUUCAAGCAGGUGGAUUCUAUGCAACUUGGACAACAGAUUCAUCAGGCUGUGGUGGCACUAUCCAUGCAGAUAGCGGUACUAUCAAAUCACCGGGCUACCCUCAGAACUUCCCACCUAACAGUGAGUGUACAUGGAGGAUCAUUGCCCACGAAGGCAACCAUUUGGAAAUGAGCUUCAGCAGUGAUUUUGAGAUUCCUGACAGUAGCGGACUCUGCCAAAGCAGCUAUGUAAAGGUGUGGGGAGGCCCUGCUGAAGUGGAUGAAAGGCUGCUGGCAACAGGCUGUGGGACAGCUGCCCCAGCGUCGCUUAUUGCUCCGGGCAACAUGAUAACUACUAGGUUCCAGACUCAAGGCCUUGUUGGGAAGGGAUUCUCAGCUGCAUACACCACCCGCUGUGGUGCUAACUUCACUGCCCCUGCUGGACGUGUUGUGUCACCCAACUACCCAGCGCAUUACCCAAUCAACAGCAACUGCAAUUACCUCAUUGAUGCAGGCAACCAGAAAAUCGUUGUCUUGCGCUUUGAGACCUUCCAAGUAGAAUCCCAUUCAACCUGUACUUAUGAUGGACUCAAGAUCUACAGCGGGACCACAAAUACAGGAUCCCCAAUUACAACUCUGUGUGGCUCUCAGAUUCCCGGUCCAUUCACUACUGCUGGCCCAAUGCUACUGAACUUCUACUCUGACUCUGUAAUAGUUUAUAAGGGGUUCCUGGCUAAGUAUGAGGUGAUCCCCUGUGGUGGUAUUUUCAACCAGUCUACUGGUACAGUCAGCAGUCCCACUCAUUCAAUUUCUGACUACCACAGCAACAUGAACUGCACCUAUCACAUCAUUGUUGGAAACAACAGGGUUGUCGAGCUAAAAUUUAAUUCCUUCCAUCUCGAGGCCUCCUCCAACUGUGCCUAUGAUUAUAUAGCUGUCUAUGAUGGAGCAAACACCCAGGCCCCUCUCCUGGGCAAGUUCUGUGGCAUGGUGAUCCCUUCAACUCUGAAGAGUUCCUCAAACAAUCUGUUCCUGGUGUUUAAGACAGACUACUCCGCCAAUGCAGGGGGCUGGAGGGCCACCUUCAGGCAGACUUUAGGACCACAGCAAGGCUGUGGUGGCUACCUGACCGCUCCCAGUGGCUCUUUUGGCUCUCCUGACAUCGACUUUGAUGGCAAAUAUGAGGCAAGCCUGGACUGUGUGUGGAACAUUGUGGUUCCUCAAAACAUGAACGUCAAUCUCACAUUUUCAAACUUCAUCCUGGAAGGGCCUUCUGGAACAAUCUGUAGAUAUGAUUAUGUUAAGGUGUUUGAUGGAGACAAUGAGAACUUCCCACUCGUUGGCACUUUCUGUGGCACCACCGUACCGGCUUCUUUUGCCUCCAGCAACAACUUCCUGACAGUGAAGUUUGUCUCAGAUAGCUCUGUCAGUUUCAGUGGGUUCAACGCUACCUACACAGCUGUGGAGUUGACUUGUGGUGGGUCUCACAAUGCCAGCACCACUCCUCAGACCAUCACAUCUCCUAUUUCCUCCAACCCAUAUCCAUCCUCCACCAACUGUCAAUGGACCCUGGAUGCACCGGCACAGGAAAAUGUCAAACUGUCUGUCCAGCGUUUCCACUUGCCACCCAGUCAGAGCUGUUCCCAUGACUACCUGGAGUUCAAGGACUGGCCUCCGGGUGAUUAUGGGCAGGUUCACAGAUUCUGCGGGACAGACACUACAAUCCCAGACUUCUACACAUACGGUCGUACGGUUAUGGUGACAUAUAAAUCUGAUCACUACUUGGUAGAAAACGGAUUCAGUGUAACAUAUGAGAUUGCAGGUUGCAGCAGAGAGUACAAUCAAACCUUUGGAUAUUUGAAGAGUCCAGGCUGGCCCGGCAUCUACCAUCAAAACCUGAACUGUGUCAUUAUUCUUAGAGCCCCACAAAACAACACCAUCUCACUCUUUUUUGAUGCCUUUGAUCUGGAAUCUCACACAACCUGCAGCUAUGACUACUUGGAGAUCAGAAAUGGCAGCACUGCGUCUGACACACUGCUGGGUAAAUACUGUGGUCAGGCCCUGCCUAAUCCAGUCUUCCCAAACAGCAACCUGCUGUACCUCCACUUCCAAAGUGAUUUCUCACAGAGUCGCAAUGGCUUUGAGAUCACCUGGACCUCCUCUCCAAAUGGGUGCGGGGGCACACUGUACGGAGACCAUGGCUCCUUUACCAGUCCAAACUACCCUGGAACCUACAAUAAUAACACAGACUGUGAGUGGACCAUUGUAGCACCAGUUGGGCGUGUGGUUACAGUCAACUUUGCCUUCAUCAGCAUUGAUGACCCAGGAGACUGUUUGAACAACUAUCUGAAGCUGUACAACGGUCCAGAUGCAAGCACACCCCCAGUAGGGCCGUAUUGUGGACUGGAAACGAAUAUCGCUCCCUUUACGUCUACAUCUCACCAAGUCUUUGUCAAGUUUCACACUGAAUACUCAACACUGCCAUCAGGAUUCAGGCUGACGUGGACUAGCUAAAGAAAGGGGUUCUGCAGGGAGCGUGCAAGACGGGUUUCAAGACAUCAUGACAAUGUUGUUGGAUAAGCCCAAAAAGGACACAAAUUAAAAGUUUGCACUGCUGUUUCAAGCCAAAUUUUAACUGCCCUUUCCUGUGCAAUCUUUUGCAGAAAUUUCAGAAAUAUCGACUGUCGAAUUAUGUUUAGAAAUUAUAAAACAAUUAUUUUAGAUCAGUACUUUUGUUUAUAAAUAAAUUGAAAUGUUACUUUUGCAUAAUUUGUAUUAGUAUGUUUUUUUUUUUUAUACGUUUUUGCAUGUGUGCUAUAUCUGUUUACUAUGCAUUGAAGUGUAAUGAACAUGACCAGCAAGAAUGGUGCCAUUAACCUGUGGACUGACCAGCAGCGAUUACCUCAGUGAGCAUCAGUAAUUUCGUCAGUCUUGGAUUCAGAACCUGCCUAUGAAGGGGCUACUAUUUCAAUUUGCCAGUCUUACGUAUCAUGACUGAAACUGACUUUCAACAUGGAGAUGCAGCUUUUAUAUAUUACAGAACAUAGAGUCGUUAAAAUAUCAAAUUGAUCAGUAAUGGCAGGCUCAUUUUCACAACGAAAGUGUUGUAUAUAAUUUACUUCCACAGCUUCCCUUUUGUUUCUUACUGGGUCAGACUAACAUUUGAAAACUAGCAACAUAGUGAGAGCUAUUUAAUUAUCCUGUCUAGUGUUCUCUUGGCCACAUGUCAAGAGAUAUCUUGACUGCUGCCCAAUCAGAGAUGUCUUACUACGUGUCUGGGAGAUUGUUAUAAAAGCAAGACACUGACAGACAGCUCGAAUAAGCCGCUGACAAGAAUUUGGAACAAGUAACGGAAGAUUGCUUUAAGUAAUGUUUUGAUAAGCUGUGCAAUACAGUUUAUUUUUAGCUGCUCAGCUUUUUUUUAAUUGUUUUUUUACUUGCACCUCAGUAAAACUGCAUUUUAGUUAAACAAAAUUGACUCAAAUAUUCUAGUGAUGCUCUGAUAAUUGUCUUUUAUAUGAGUUAUAUAACAAGUCAUAUUAGUAACUGGUAUCAUUAAACAAUAUAUACUGGUAAUGUGUGAAUAUCUGUGUAAGCAUAUACGCACACUGUGGGCACAAAUUAUAAAUAAUAAAAAUUACCAAAUGAUGCUGCCAGGUGACACCUAACUACAAAUAAAACAAAAACAAAAAAAACCCAUAAGAUUCAAAGGUAAUCAAUAACACCUUGAAGAAGAGUUCCUUUAAUGACGAUAUCAAUUUUUUGUUAUUGUUGGGUAUUUUUUAGUAAUAAAAAACACGGCUAAACAAUUCAGCAUUGUUCACUUAAGGGUUCCCUAAAAUAAGACAAUGCAUUUACAAAGAAAACAAAUUGUUCUUUAUGUUUUUUGGCAUCAGUUCCAAAGCCUGCGUGUAAUACAUUCUUGAUUUUAAAAAUAUAUAUGUAUUACGUGUCAGUGUAAAACCUUACACUCUGUGAAACUCUUCCGGCAAUGUAAUUUCUGGAUACAUCCAAUUAUCAGCUUACAGAACUCUCUGCAGACUGUAAUGACUGAGCCACUUGCCAUCCAUCAGCAGCUACAAUGCCUGGUAUCAACCAAACUUGUACUGUUUUGUCUUUUGAAAUAUCAUUUAAGAUUGGAAUUAGAAAAAGAAAAUGUAUUGCUUAAAUCAGACACAGUGCACAGCUUAAGCAUACUCCUAUUUGUUAUAUCAUGGUCUGGGAGGCCAGGGUGUUUUAUACAGCUACAAGAAGGAUUUAUAGAAGUGGAUUGACUCUAAUUUACAAUGUAUAUAGUUACAAUCAGGAUGUGUUACAGUACAAUAUGGUUUACUUUGCAUGCAAUUGUGAGUAAAAUAUUUUUGAAUACUUGUGACAGAGAGCGAGUUAAUCCUAGUCAACAAUCUUCCUCCUGACCUGUGAGGGCGCUGUGUAACAGGAACAGUGUGCCCCGGACUGGAUGGUUCCGCAGUUCAUUCCAGGGUCAGUCGGAACCAGCCAUCCAGGAUGGGGGUGGAGUCACAAUACCCUAGUAGCAAUGUGUCAGUCAUGGAUUGGAGGAGACGUGAUUGAACUAGCUAUCGGAGGGGGCGUGACUAAAGGUAUUUCAGGGGAUGUGACGAUGCAAUCUGUUCCUUUGUUAUGGUUACGAAAAAACCUGUAAAGGACUGAAGCGAAAAAUAACCGUGUUCCGUGUUGUAUUGUCAUAUUAACUAAUAUUUGUUUGUCAUUAUUAGACGGCUAAACUAUCCGGGAGCUGCCGCUACAAAGCCAGUAUUAAACCUGGACUGCACUGCACCAUUGUUUACUAUAAACGUGUAUUGCACCACCUGCACAAAGAGCACUCGCUACUGGAUUAAGUGAUCGUGUCUGUAUUUGUGUGUGUCUUAUUAUUUCGGGACUGAACCCUGUAGUUUAACUGAGCGAUACACACUGGUGUGUAGAGCCAGUUAUUAUUAGUUAUCGGACAAUAAAGAGCUGUUUAACCGUGAACUGUGUUGUUUCAAAUCAUUCCUGGUAGUCUGUGAAAUGGGUUCUGACCACGAAUUCAGAAGCUGCUG